AUGCCCUUGAACCCAAGUCGAUCCGUCUGGGGGGCAAUACUAAAUGCUUGCCAAGCUCAAGGAGAUGUGGAAAUGGCAGAGAUAGCUUCCAGGAAGCUACUAAAUUUAGACCCUGAAGAAGAUGGCGGAUACAUGUUGUCUAACAUAUAUGCUGCUAGUGGAUGGUGGAGCUACUCUAAAAAGAUUAGGGAAACCAUGGAAAGUAGAGGAGUGAAUAAGAGUGCUGGAUACGGCAGUGUGGUUGUGUAUGGAGUCAUCCACAAUUUUAUCUCCUUGGAUAGGAUGGAUGUACUUCAAGUCAAUUUUGAACUGUCUGAAAAAUGA